AUGGAAGUGGAUCAUGUCGAGUCGCAUGGGACUGAGCAGCAAGCGGACAGCGUCCAACAGCUCGAUCACUCAGUAGAAGACGCAGCCAACGAGCUCGGUGAGCUCUUGGUCAAGCUCGACCUUCAGCCAUUGAGCGUACCUCUCCUCAGUCGGCAGAUAUGUCUCCUUCGCAGGUUGGGAAUGAUAGAGGAAGCAUUGGAGGCUCGACUCAAACUUUCUUCGCUGAUCAUGCUCGAUCAAGACACUUGGCUCUCGUACUUUGAUGAUCUCUUCGAAUCCUCCGUGCAGCCCGUGACUUUGGACGUCUUCGUCGAGAUGCUGGAGCGUUUUGAUCAAGCUGAAAAGGACUACUUAUCCAGCGCUGUGCUGGUACGACAUGUCGAGUUCAUCCUACGAUGCACCUCUCACCUCUAUCCCCCUCCCGAAGACUCCCAGCUCUCUAAACCUUCCAUCAGCGUCGAGGCAGAUGUGGCUGAGUUUCUGUCCGAGGAGACAGUACGGGGAAUGCUUCAGGGCGUGGUACAGCGAGGCAAUCAAUUACUGGGCGAGAGUCAUCUGCUAUGGCAACCAUGGAUCGAUUGGGAAUUAGAUCUAAUGAAGACGAAAAUCGAUGAGGAGCAGAGGUCCUCUCACAUCGACAGAAUACAUGCAGCAUACCUGGACCGUAUGACUGUCCCGCACUCCACCUUGGAUGCCACGUCUAGCUCUUAUUCGAGCUUCUGCUCCCAAUAUGCCCCGAAUACCUAUGAACAACGUCUGAUAAACGCCACGAACGCCGCACAGAAUGCGAAAUUCAAGUGGAAUGGAGAGAAACGACACGGCAAGACAAGAGAGGACCUUGAACAAGAACUGGCCUAUGCACCUGAUAUCACUGCACAACUUCAAACAUUUGCGUCAUAUAUAUCCUGGGAGACCGAUCAACACGCCAAGCAUCCUAAAAUACCGGGCAAGUCACCUGCUACCGAUGUUUUCUUAACUCGCGGAGUCUUCGAGAGGACAAUCGCAACGUAUGGGCGGAUUGUGGCAGCUUUACAAUCCACGAUAAUCACUACUCCCCCGCCGUCAACCGCAUCCGAAAUGGAAAAUACCGCCAAGAAGGGGAAGGGAAAGGCCAAAUCGACCAGAGAAAUCGAGAAGGCCCGCCGAGAAGAGACGGAGGCCACCACUCAGGUCACCAUUCAGGCGUACAGAGAAGCGGAGGCGGGAAUCUGGAGUCAGUUUGCGGCUUGGCUUGAAGCGAAUGGUCACUCGGAUGCUGUGCAAGACAUCAAAUCUCGCGGGGCAAGAGCAUGCCCAGAGGUUGGAUCCAUUUGGUGCUCCUUAUUAACUCAUAUGGAAUGUCAUGGCGCUGCGCUUGAAGACCUGACGACCACGUUCGAAAAGGCGAUCAACCUGGGCACUUUGGGCCGAAAAGGCGUCCCCUGCACUGCUCUUGUUGACGUCUUCCUACAUCGAGCCGCGUUUGAAAGUCGAGCUGAACCGGUCGAGGAUGUCGAGGGUGACUAUCAUCCGGUAAUACAAACUCUGAGUCGAGGGCUCGAGGCAGUUGUAAAGUUUAGUCAAGCUGGUGAUCCAAGCUUGCGCCUCGAGAAGUUUUUAUUGGACUGGGCUGAAUCACGAGCUCCAAAAUUCUUGAACGAAACUAUCUCACUCCUGAGCAAACCCAGUAAAAGCCGACUAUCAUCCUACCAGAUGACGAUACUGCGAUCGGGCAUCGAAACCCGUCGGGGAAACAUUGAAGAAGCUCGAAAUCUCUUCACUACUGCCCUUCAGAGAUCGGACUUGGACUGGCCAGAGGCUGUCUACGAAGCCUUCAUACAAUUUGAGAAUGUGCAUGGUGACCUCGAUACCGUACUCGACGCUAACAAGCGGAUAGCGAAGGCUCAAGAGAAGCUUGCCAAACGUAGAGAGAAAGCCGCACAGGAGCAGACGGCGCAGUAUCAAGUCGUCGCCCAAUCCGGCACGUCAGCCACAACCGCUGAGCUCUUGGUACCAUCCACUGCCGUGGCAGUCGACGGCCAAGGACUUUCGACGGCAGCUCCGGUCACCACUGCGCAGGCAUCUACUUCGCAGGAAGCAGAGAAUACACCCCUCAAGCGGCAAUGUGGUCCCAUACGAGAGACAACCAUCUUAUCCGAGCAUGAGCACGAUCAUAUUGCAGCCUUGGUAGAGUUCCGAGAUGUUGAUUCCAUCCCCGACGCCCUGACUCGGGAUCGAAAAAAGCUGGCAGGCAAUGAGGUGGCCGUCUCAAUGCUAUGGCGGUCGACCUUAUUCAUUACCAACUUCCCACGGAGCAUGGACGAUGCUGGCAUCCGUCAACUGCUUUCAUCGUAUGGCCUCAUCCUACAAACACGAUGGCCCAGUCGUAAAUACGCAGAUUCUCGGCGCUUCUGCUACGUCACAAUGGAUUCACCAGCGUCGGCUCAGAACGCCCUGCAGCUGCAUGGGCAACCAACAACAGAAGGCUUCAAUCUCACCGUCCUCAUUUCUGACCCGUCAGCCAAGGCGCGCAGAUCGGAUACAUCCAAGACGACAUUAUUUGUGGGUGGUCUGACGGCUAAGAGCACCGCACCAGAUGUGGAGAAGCUCUUCAGUCAGCGCGGCGCAGUGCAACACGUCAACCUGGGUUGGGAUCAGGCUAAGCAGAUCUGCAAAGGUUUCGCCUUCGUGGAGAUGGCCACCGAGGCCGAUGCUCAGGAAGCUUUGAACCUGCACGGCUCUCACAUCAACGGCCGAUACCUGAAAGUUGAGAUGCAUGAUCCGAACCACGUUACCAAAAAACGGACGACAAGUGCCCCCAGAGAAGCUAUCGAGAGAAGAGCCAGAACGGUCCGACUAUCUAAUCUUCCAUCGGAUACUCAAGAGGGUUUGCUUCAACAAGCCUUGGAGAAAAUUGUUUCGGUCAAAAGGCUCGAACUGUUCAGCAAGGUUCACCAGGCGGUGGUUGAACUCGAGUCACAAGUGGAUGCUGGACUACUUCUCUUGCAAUCUGAACCAUUCAUAUUUGGUGGCGCUACGAUAGAGAUCCGAGAAGAGCAACGAAGACCACUCCCCCACAAGAGCGAUCAUACACCUCCCGCAGCAGGGCAGGCGACAGUCGCACCCUCCACAUCACUUUCGUUCGCUCCUCGUGCGGCCAGAAGAGGAGGCAAAGCCAUCGGGAAGGGUAGACAAGCGCCGCCUCAAGACAAAUCGCUACAUCCCUCUUUCGUCAAGGCAAGCACUCACUCAAACAAUGAAACGGACAGUGGACAGGUGGAUUUCCGUGCAAUCGUCGCUGCGAAGAAUAAGCAACGGCAAGGUAAACUGCUGGAAGCGCGACACGAGCAAUCUGUUGGUGGUGAAUCACAAAAUGGAGUGAAGCGAUCCCCAGAGGAGGCCUCAGAAGCACCAGGGGCAAAAAGAUCAAAAAACUAG